UCCAAAACAUCUCCCAAAGGGUCGUAGUGAAGUUGCUUCUACGAGUUCAGUCCACAGGGGAUCUUCCGAAAACACCCGUUUCAUCUGUAAGUUCUACGAACUAUUAUGAAUUUUUGCUAAAUCCUACGAAUUUGCCUUGCGUGAUUUCGUACAAAGGGGUUGUUCGUUAAUUUUCUUUGGAAAUUGUUGUUAGAAGCUUCAAUGGCUGUAAAGCUUUCGUCUUUGAGAUUUUGCUGGAGAAUUCCCAAAUUGGUUUCUUCAAACGCCUAUAUUUCUUCAAUUUGUUGUGAAAAUAAAAUCCAAUCCAACCCAGAAACCUAUCAAAACCAAUCAGAUUCCUCUGAGUUUGAAGCAAAGAUUCAAUUUCUAAAGAACAAGCUUCAUCCGGAAAGUUUAGUUACUGUUUUGGAUAGCAUGCCUGAUUUGAACUCUUCAAUAAAGCUAUUUAAAUGGGCUUCCCUUCAAAACCGAUUUAACCAUACCGCAGAUACAUAUUAUAGGAUAAUACUGAAGUUGGGCAUGGCUGGAAAUGUAGAAGAAAUGGAGGGAUUUUGUAAUAAGAUGGUAAUUGAUAAAUGCUUGGGUUUCGGAGAAUCUCUCUUGGCAUUGAUAGAUUCAUUUGUUAAAAAUCAUCGGCUCAAUGAAGCUUUAAGGGUUCUCUAUGUUAUGAAUUUAAGCAGUUUUAAGCCCUCUUUAGGUGUUUUUAAUACGAUAAUGGGCGCACUUUUGGAGGAAAAGAAAGAAUUUAAGGAUGUGUUGUUUGUCUAUAAAGAAAUGGUGAAAUCAGGUAUUCUUCCAGAUAUUGAUACUAUGAAUUACCUGUUAGAUUCAUUGUUUGCAGCUGGGAGAGUGGAUACAGCUUUGGAUCAGUACAGAAGAUUGCAUAAGAAAGGAUGUAAUCCUAAUAGUAGGACUUUUGAGAUACUCAUUAAUAGUCUAGUUGCUAGGAAUCGAGUGGAAGAAUCGAUUAUUUUGCUCGACGAGAUGUUUCAAAUUGGAUGUGAGCCGGAUUUAAAUUUCUAUAUCAGUGUAAUAACUAUAUUCUGUAGAUUGCAUAAUCUUGAGGUAGGCAUGAAGUUGUUUAGGAUGAUGAGAGCUUCUAACAUCUCUCCAGAUUCAGCUACGUAUGCGGCCUUGAUAAACUGUUUGUGUGACCAUCUUCAUUUGGAUGAUGCUACGAAACUUUUUGAAGAGAUGAUAGAUCGUGGCUUGUCGCCUGAGGAAGAAACAUUUUUGGAUAUAGUAAAUGGGUUUUGCAAAUUAAAUAAAUUCACUGAAGCUAUUAUGUUUUUGGAGGAGAAAAAUGUAAUCAACACUUCUCCUUACAAUACACUUCUUGAAGCCUUUUGUGCCACUAGUAAUUUUUCUAUGGCAAAAAGUACAUUUUAUAGAAUGUUUGGGAGGAAUAUAACUGAUGUUACGUCUUGCAAUAUCCUUAUCAGAUUCCUUUGUGAGAAUGCAGCGAUCAGUAAAGCAUUGGAGUUUUUAUGUAGGAUGAUCGUUUCUUUAUUUGUUCCUGACUCUGCUACUUAUUCUGCUCUUAUUACUGGUUACUGCAGAAUGGGGAAGUUUGAGGAUGCUCUGCAGUUGUUUUCCACCGUUAGAUCUAAAUGUUGGGUUUUGGAUUCUGUCUCAUAUGCUGAACUUGUUGAAUGUCUUUGCCAGAGGGAAAACACUCAAGAGGCAGCUAAAGUCUUUUGCUAUAUGUCUAGGAAGGGUUGCGCUCUUCGAUCUACCUCUUUCAAUAAGUUGAUUGAGGAGACUUGUGCAAGUGGAAAGGUCGACAGUGCUGCUAGGUUACUGUCGGUGGCUUACUACUCUGGUACUGUCUGUUUUUGUUCUACUUACAAUUGUAUCAUGCGAGGAUUAUUUAUGUUGGGCCACAUGGAUGAUAUCUUGGUCUUGGUUUCAAAGAUGAUGGUAGUUGGUUGUGCAUUUGAUGAAGAAACUUACUGCAUACUUAUUAAGAGCACGAGUGCUCUCAAUCGAGUAUCUGACUCCAUCUCUUUUUUCAACUUGAUGCUUGAGGAGGGUUUUUUACCUAGUUCUGAUACAUUAGUUUGUUUAUUGCAGUUUUUGGCUAAGUAUUCUCGAGUGCACUUAAUCUUGUUAUCAUUAGAUAAGCUUAAUUCCGAAAUUCUUGAUUCUGUGACUUACAACCAGUUGAUUAAUGGCCUCUGCGGAGAGGGAUACAAAAGUGAGGCAAAACAAUAUCUGGACUUGAUGUUGGAGAAAGGUUGGGUCCCAGAUGCCGCUACUCAUGCGUUACUGAUGGGUUCUGUCUCGAAAGAAGAAUUUGAGAUCCAAAAAUCUGCUUAUGAAAAUAGUGGCACAUGUGAUGAGGUCAGUAGCAUACUAGCAGAGGGCUUGGUGGAAAGAUGACAGAUUCAUCUUCUUUUACAUUGAUCAGCUUUUGUGCAAUACUUGUCGACCAAGAGCUGGUUGAACUACUAAUUGAAUGUUCUGUUGCUAGAUCCCGUGGGAUAAUGAAUUGAGACAGGGCAUGUUCUCAAGGAAGUUCUUGCUUGCGAACUUCUUUAGUAGGGCGGUUUGGAGGUCCCAUUCCUCACGUUUACCGAGCCUUUGGGGCAGGAAGGAUGCUCGGAAGUUCGAAGCGUUAUUAAAGGAUUACUGUACGUUUUCAGGCGCAAGUGACUACAGAAUUUGACUCGAGUUCCAUUUUCACUUGUACAACCUCAACGUUGGUCCCUGAAAUGUUUUCCUAGCUUCUUAUAAUGUUUCUUA